AUGUUAGUGUUGCAGCAUGGUCUGUUGGCAAUUGUACAUUCAUUUCAGGUGUCGAUUGGGGAAGGACUUGCAUACAACUAUUAUGCUGGCUACCUGCGUUUGGUAUUGCCUAGUCUGGCAGCGAGGGUUGGCACCAGUGAGUAUGAGAAACACAUGAAGUUUAAGAAGAUGUUUGUGCUGAUCCCUGCUAAUGGUGAGAUGCCAACAAAGCUUCAGAAUGCUGAUGGGACCGUACACCAGGUUGGAGAAUUGGAGCCGUGUGUGGUAGAGAGGGCUGGCGUUAAGAGAAAGUACUCCAAUGUUGUCUACGGAACAACUCACAAUGAAAAAGAGGUAAUGUUCGUUGCUGACUUGCCUGCAAACAUCCUGACAUUGCGUGACAUGGUAAUGGAUCAAGAACUGACUGGCUUCUCAGAGGAAGACAAGCUGCGAGAAGUGCAGAAGUACGCUGCAUUCUUGCAGAAGAUUCUUAAGAGCCAACCUCAUAUGGCAGGAAUGUGUGAAAUCAUUGUCUACAAUGAUGAUGCCAAGAUGAUGGAAGCUGUGAGGCCGCAUUUUUGUCAUUGAGCAGAGUUUUGGGCAACGCACCUAUAUCGAUUGUAUCUGCACAAGAUGAAACAUAUAUAAUGAGA